UGCACUACGUGUCCUGUAGGGGGCCGUUUACAACCCAGCCGCAGAGGACAACAGACGUGUCAUGGCGGACUCCCUCGACGAAGGAGCAAAUGAGUCGAAGAAAGCCGUUUGUGGGACUAACAGGAAAGAGAUGAAUGCCAUUUCAGAAUCCGGUUCACGGAGCGUCUCUAACUUAAUCGCCAAAUCACAAUAUUGUGAGAAACUGCAGGAGUGGAUGUGGCAGUAUUACUGCGGGUAUGUGAGCUAUCAGAGCUGGGGGACACAAGCAGUGACUGGGAGCCUCACAACACCAGCAGGGGGGGCAGAUCUGUCUAACGCAGACCUGCACACCUGGAUCACUUAUUCGUCUGGUGUCCCUUUCCCUUCAUUUCCGUCCAUUCCUGUCCCCUCUACCGGUACGGCUGCUAAUAGCGUCAGUGAACGACAGAUCUGGAAUAAUGUCCCGAGUCAGAAUGGUCCUGUCCCCCUGCAAGUGCAACAAAAUGGAAACGCCCAACAGCCAGGUGGAGAAUAUUUUAUUCCUUCUCUUCUCCAUCGCUUCCUGGCUGAGAUGGUGGACUUCUUCAUUCUCUUUUUCAUCAAAGCAACCAUUAUCCUAAGCAUAAUGCAACUGAGUGGAAUGAAGGACAUAUUAAAAUUUGCCAUGCACUUUAUUGUGGAAGAAAUAGAUGAAGACACAUCUAUGGAGGAGCUGCAGAAGAUGAUGCUCAUGGCUCUUGUGUACCGGAUACUGGUGUGCUUCUAUGAGAUUAUAUGUGUUUGGGGAGCUGGUGGAGCCACGCCAGGGAAGUUUCUGCUUGGCUUAAGAGUGGUUACGUGCGACACGUCAGUCCUGGUCCAGCCCGGCCGAGUGCGUGUGGUGCCUGCUACUAACGUCAGUCUCUCAGCGUCAACCAUCCGAGCUCUAAACAAAAAUUUCUCCAUUGCGUUUUUUUUCCCGGCAUUUAUCACGCUGCUCUUUUACCAGCACAACAGAACUGUGUAUGAUAUUGUGGCAGGGACUAUAGUGGUCAAGAGAAACAGACUCCGGUGAUGUGUGAAUUUUACCUGCUGAGAAAACAACUUCACCUGAAGGACUGAUCCAAAGAGCUUCUGGGUCACAGGAAAGAGAGAAAAUGAGGAAGUCCUCUGAGAUGAGAAAUAGAGAAAAGCUUGACAUCAAGUAGUUUUCACUCCAGGUUCUUAGAGAGAACUUUUGAAUGAUUUGCUGCAGCAAUUGAUUUAUUAUUAUUUCUUGCAGUUUUGAAGAAUUGCAAUGCAAUGAGUAACAUGCAAAUUCCAUUAAUUUUGUAUUUUUUUUUUUUAAUGCUAAUUACUGUGUUAAGCAUUGGGAUCUGUAUAUCAUCACCUCAAGCAAAAGAAUCAGUGAAAAGUAUCUAAAUGUUUAUCAAAUCUUUUGCAUUGAACAUUUUGUUACUGCAUUCCUUAAAUAACAAAGAUACACUGGAUUAAUGACUAUUUUUAUAUGUGUAUUUUUUUGUAUGUGCAAUUUUUUUUUCUUCAUUAACACUUCAUAUGGCCUCAUCUACAGCUAAACAAUUCAGACCAGGACCACAGUAAUCUGGCAAAACAUCAUCCGUUAAAAACCUCACAGUAUAAAAACAGUUAUUAAUUUAUCCGACUCCAUAUAUUUUGACUGAUUGUGCCUUUAUUGUGCCUUUAAUAUAAAUGUGCUAAUAAAUUUCUCCUGUAUGUAAA